AUGGUGCUCCCACUUGGCUUUCAUAGUGAUAAACCAAAUCAGGUUUGCAAGUUAUUGAGGUCCUUGUAUGGCUUGAAGCAGGCCAGUAGGCAGUGGAAUGCAAAAUUGACAAAAGCUUUGCAAGAAAAUGGCUACAAACAGUCCACUGCAGACCCUUCAUUGUUCACAAAAGCCUCAGGUAAUUCCUUCACUGCUUUACUCAUAUAUGUAGAUGACAUUCUUGUAGCUGGAACAAGCAUCACACACAUAAAUGAGUUGAAACAUUUCCUGGACAAAUCUUUUAAGAUCAAAGAUCUUGGCAACAUCAACUACUUUCUGGGAAUUGAGGAAGUCACGACUGCCAGUGGCCUCAACUUGUCCCAGAGAAAAUAUGUCUUAGAAAUCCUAAAAGAAAGUGGUUUUUUGGAAGCAAAGCCAGCACAAACUCCAGCCACUACUGGUUUACAACUCACACACUCAGAAGGAUCCCUACUUGAAAAACCAGAGAUAUACAGAAGGUUGAUUGGAAAACUUUUGUAUUUAACAAAUACCAGGCCAGACAUUUCUCACAUUGUUCAGCAACUGAGUCAGUUUGUUGACAAACCUACAAGCACACAUCUCACUGCAGCACAUAGGGUGCUCAGAUAUCUUAAAGGAUCACCAGGAAAAGGCAUAUUCUAUCACAGCAACUCCCAGUUCAAGCUUUAUGGUUUUUCUGACUCUGAUUGGGCAAAUUGCCCUGAAUCUAGGAAGUCAGUUACUGGCUAUUGCAUAUACCUUGGAAACAAUUUGAUAUCUUGGAGGACUAAGAAGCAAGCUACUGUAUCAAAGUCUUCCUCAGAAGCUGAAUAUAGAGCUUUGGCUUCCACUGUUUGUGAGGUCCAAUGGCUUCACUAUCUGUUAGCAGAUUUGGGAAUCAGACUUGGUAUGCCAGCCUCCUUGUUCUGUGACAACCAAGCUGCUAUAGCCACAGGGGAGAAUCAUGUUUUUCAUGAGAGAACCAAGCAUAUAGAGAUAGAUUGCCACAUUGUCAAGCAAAAGGUCAAUGAACGAUUGAUAAAACUGCUGCCCAUUCCUUCUCAAAAACAAGUAGCUGAUGGUUUCACCAAGGCCUUGCCACAUCCAGCCUUUGCCAUCUUUCAGUCCAAGCUGGGCCUUCACGAUUUACUCUCCUUUCACCACUUUGAUCUCUCCAAGCUCCAAACCAGGUCAUAG